AUCUGCGAAAGUACAAGCACCUAAAGCACAGUUGUGUUUUAGGUGCUUGUACAUUCGCAGGUGCUUUUAAUUUUUUUCUGUAUAUAUAGGGGUAAAAUCGCAGAUGGAAUAGGUCCAUCUGCGAUUUACUCUAACUCUAUCUGCGAAAUCGUGGUUUUUUUUUAAUUUUUUUUUUUUUUAGUUUGACUAUGAAAUGAAUUGGUUUGACUACGAAAUCAUGUUGCUAUAUAAAAAGUUUUGUAGAAAAAAUAUCAUUUUGGUUGUUAUUUGUUUAGGAACUUUCUCUACAAUUUGUUCAAAAAAUGAUUGAAUAUUUGGUUUGUCUUGUAACCGGUGGGAGAUGGCAAGUUAAUGGAACUAAUCUGGAUACAUAUGUCCAUAGAGAGCUAUAGUUGAAGACAUGGAUGUUAGAAUGUUGAUAAACGUAAUCAAAUGUAGUGGAGGAAGGGCUGUGAAAGUGUUUGUGGUGGUUGAUGAAGUUGAGGAGGUUAAUGGGGGUGGUGAAAUUGGAAACCAGCUUGUUGGUAAUUUAUGCAGUUAUAAAGGGAGCAACGAUCCGAUAGAUAUAACCGAGCUACAAAGCAAUUCCGAUAGAGAUGAGUUGGGUGAUGAAGUUAAAGCUAAGUUUCCCGAUAACCUUUUUCACGGUAUGCCCCCUGUACCAGCAUGGCCAGUUGAUAUUAAUGAAGAUAUCCCAACACAGAUGGUAGACAUGAAUCUUCAAAAGAUUCAAUGUGAGAGUAUAUUUAAGAACAAAGAACUUUUAAAGCGGUGUAUUGGUAAAAAAUGUCUUCGAGAAGGUUUCCAGACGAGGACAAGUAGAUCCACCAAAUCAAGGUAUGAAGUUGUGUGUGUUUCGAAAAAUUGUUCUUGGUUACUAAGAGCAAAAGCAAUUAAAAAUUCUGAUGGACUUUUCCAAGUGAAUAAAUUUGUUGAUGUACACACAUGUUCUUCAACAUUGUUGCAACCUAAUCAUCGACAAGCAAACAAAUAUGUUUUGGGUGAAUAUGUUGCUGAUGUUUUGGCUGAAGACUAUAGUAGAGUUUAUCGGGGAAAAGAAAUUGUUAAUGAUAUGAAUGCUCAAUUGAAUAUCAAUAUCUCAUACCAUCAGGCAUGGCGUGCGAAGCAAUAUGCAUUGUUGUCGUUAAGGGGUACGAAAGAGGAUUCUUUUACCAAACUUCCGGCGUAUUGUCACAACUUGGCCAAACAUAAUCCGGGUACUGUCACACAUAUUAAAACAGAUGCUGAUGAUCGCUUUGAGUUUUUGUACAUUGCACUCGGUUGCUCGGUACGCGCUUUUGUCAAUUUUUGUAAGCCGACCCUAGUAGUAGAUGGAGCUCACCUAAAGGGCGAGUUCAAAGGUACCAUGUUACUUGCAGUUACUAAGGACGGACAAAACCAAAUAUUACUGGUUGCAUAUGGUAUAUUCAAAAAUGAGUGUACCGAUUCUUGGACAUGGUUUUUUCAAAAACUACAUGAUUGCAUAGGAAAUAUGCAGGAGCUUACAAUUAUAUCUGAUAUGUCUCCAUCUAUAGCAACAUCCGUUGCCAACAUUUUUCCUCACGCUCAUCAUGGAAUAUGUGGUGUCCAUUUGUAUUUCAACAUAGUAUCUAGAUUCGGCAAGAGUAAGACGGAUAAAGGAAUUUUUUGGGAGGCGUGUAGGGCGUACACAGUUGAUGCUUUUGAUGUUGCCAUGGAUGUUAUGAAAAAGACAAAAGAACCAAUAUGGGAGUACUUAAAAAGUAUAAAUCCAGAAACCUGGUCAAGGGCACAUUUUAAAGGGAACCGAUACAAUCUUAUGUCGUCCAACAGUGCGGAGUCUAUAAAUGCAUUAUCUAGACACACACGUAAGGUGCCAAUACUUAUGUUGAUCGAUUUUUUUUGUGCUACAAUGCAACAAUGGUGGUUUCAAAGACGUAACUUUGCAGCGGAAGCAACAACAAUACUUACCCCUUGGGCGGAUGAAGUUGUAAAAGAAAACAAGAAAACUUUUACCAAAUGGGAUGUUCGCAUGAUCUCAAAUACGAAAUGCGGGGUCAAAAAGGGGGCACAAAAUGUGAUUGUUGAUUUUCAACAUAUGACAUGUACAUGUAGGCAUUGGCAACUUGAUGGGAUACCUUGUGGUCAUGUCAUAAGAUGUUUAACAGUGAACAAUUACCAAGACUGUUCGAGGUUUGCAUUAAAUGCUUACCUUACCGAAACACUGAGGAAAACAUAUGAGGAAUCAAUAAACCCUCUGCCAAAUCCAUCCGAAUGGGAGAUCCCCGAUGAUUUGAUGAUUGUUAAGCCACCUAUAAUGGAUAAACGUCAGCCAGGCAGGCCAAGAAACACAGACCGCAUUCCAUCCCAAGGCGAGGGUCCAAUUAUAAAAGAGUGUUCUACAUGUGGUUAACUAGGACACACGAGAAAUAAUUGUACUAGAAAAGCGUCCGGUAGCAGAGCAGGUCUACUGCAGAAAUGGCAUAUAAUAUUGGUGGUUCAGCGGGUUGCUCACAAACCUAUAACGCUGAUUUUGAUAUAAAACAACCUUGAAAUUAAGAGUAAUGACAAGUUGUUAACUUAUUAUGUAUUGUAAUAUUUUUAUUAACUCUUACAAGACAUUGCUAUGCUUUCA